AUGGGAGAAUUGAGCAGAUCAACAAUUUUCUUCUCUGAUCAACACCUCUGUUACGCCGAUAUUAUUCCUCCUUCACAGGUCCGAGCUAGAAUAGAAGUUGCGGUUCUGAAUUUUCUUAAAGCACUAAGUUCGAAUUCUCCGUCAAUUUCCGAUCUAUCACUGAUCAGUAGGAACUCCAGCAAUAGCAGAGUGAGCCGAGGGUUACUGACCGGUGAUUCAUGGAUCUUUCUGUCCCAUUCUUUUUGCAUGCGAUCCUUAACAAAAGAAAAAAGUGCCAAGUCAUUCAUAAGAGUUUGGAAGGUUAUGGAAAUGUGCUACCAAAUUCUGGUUCAGGAUAAGAGGGUGACUCAGAGAGAGCUAUAUUACAAGCUGCUCUGUGAUUCACCAGAUUAUUUCACUUCUCAAUUGCAGGUCAAUAGGACCAUCCAAGACUUGGUGGCUUUGCUUCGAUGCAGCCGUUAUAGCCUUGGAAUAAUGGCAUCAAGCAGAGGGGCAAUAGCAGGCCGUUUAUUGUUGCAGGAGCCAAACAAGGAAGUUGUUGACUGCUCUACUUGUGGAUCUUCGGGUUAUGCUAUAUCUGGAGACCUGGAUUUGUUGAAAAAUUUAACCAUGGAGACAGAUGCACGAUAUAUCAUUGUGGUGGAGAAGCAUGCUAUAUUCCAGCGACUGGCUGAGGAUCGUGUAUUCAAUCAAAUCCCAUGCAUUCUGAUCACUGCCAAGGGAUUCCCUGAUAUUGCCACUAGGUUUCUUCUUCAUCGACUGUGUCGGACAUUCCCCAAUUUGCCAGUCCUGGGGCUGGUUGACUGGAAUCCAGCUGGAUUAGCAAUUCUUUGCACCUUCAAGUUCGGAAGCAUAGGGAUGGGACUUGAAGCAUACAGAUAUGCUUGCAAUGUCAAGUGGCUAGGACUGCGAAAGGAUGAUAUUAAUCAACUUAUACCUGAAGAAUCAUUGGAGCCCUUGAAACCUCGCGAUCUGCAGACUGCCAAAAGCUUGAUGUCAUCAGAGAUUUUGCAGGAUAGCUACAAAGAAGAGGUGGCAGCAAUGGUUGAGAGCGGUCGACGGGCAGAGAUUGAAGCUCUUUAUUGUCAUGGAUAUGAUUACUUGGUGAAGUUCGUAGCCACAAAAAUAGUGCAAGCUAAUUAUCUCUGAUAACUUGUCCUCAUCUAAAACAAAAUAGUACUUAAAAAGAUGAUGUAUUUCCCAGAAUUGAAUGCUACUCCAACCAUGUCUGAAGUUCAGAAUUUAGAAAUCUAAUCGUAAUAGAAAUUCAAACAAUUACGCCUC